AUGUCUGCACCAAACUCCCGGAAACGAGCCGCCCCCGGUGCGUCGCCAAUCGUACCGAUCCAGCGGAAUAUGCAACAGGCUUAUGCAACCGAUAAUGUCGCCGGAGCGAAUCCUGUGAUGCAGUGGAAUGGCACUGACGGCACAGCCGAUGCCACCGACUACUUCAGUGCUGCCGCCGCACAUACCGAGAAUCCCUACGGACUUGCGCAGACACAGCCGACGUAUCCUCAGGCCGUUGGCGCGCCGUCAAACUCGCUCGCACGCCGACAAAUGAAUCGCGCUCUGGUUCCUACCAAUCUUAGAGCGUCUUAUGAGCCUUCCUCGGACUGGUCUGGCUUUGGGGAGGAUAACCUUCUCGUCCCUCAGAAUGCCACAGAAGGCGGGGCUGGACAGGACAAUGUAGAAGUUUUAGAAGAAAUGGCUCAAAAGGCCAAGAGAGAGGCCCAGGCCAAAAGAAAGCAGAUUCCGCCAUUUGUUCAGAAGCUGAGCAGCUUCCUUGAGGAACGAAAAAACGAAGACUUGAUUCGGUGGUCCGAAAAGGGCGAUUCUUUCAUUGUGCUUGACGAGGAUGAGUUUGCAAAGACGUUAAUUCCGGAGCUAUUCAAACACAACAACUACGCGUCCUUUGUCCGACAGCUCAACAUGUACGGCUUCCAUAAGUGCGUGGGACUUUCUGACAACUCGAUGCGCGCAAGUGAGCGUAAAAAUAAGAGCCCUAGCGAAUACUCAAAUCCUUACUUCCGCCGGGGGCACCCGAAUCUUCUAUGGCUGAUUAAUAAGCCCAAGAGCGGUGGCAAGUCUAAAAAGGGGAACAAGGGCCAGGAUGGCGAUGGCGACAGCGAAGAGGAUGGUGGUCAUGAAGAGACCUCAAGUCACCAGGGUGUUCCGGUCGCCAACACCGCAGGCCGCUCCCUACCCGCCGCCCCAGGAACAGAAUCGCAGCCUCUCCCCAAAAAGGAGAUGGCACUGAUCAAGGAGGAGCUGCAGAAAGUGAGAGAGCAGCAAAAGCUGAUUCUUGGUGCAAUCAACCGCUUGCAGCGAAACAACAAUGACUUGUACAAUCAGGCGAUUAUGUUCCAGACCCAGCACGACCGGCAUCAGAACUCAAUCAAUGCGAUUCUCAACUUCCUGGCCAACGUCUUCAGAAAAACGCUGGAGGAUCAAGGGACCUCGCAGAAUGUUACCGACAUCAUCUCAAGCUUGAUGGCGAACCAGGGCCAGCAAUCGUCCCAUCAAGGCAGUGUUGUAGAUCUGGGCGAUUACUUUAGCGCUCAAGCCAACGCUGCCAGCUCACUUGGCGUUCCCACUCCGAGGAAGUCUCAAAAGCUCCUUCCACCAAUUCCUCAAGCUGCUCAGGCGGUGGCUCAGCCAAGCCGUUCACCAUCAACGAGCAGCACGCCGUAUCAUCCCCUUGGUGCUCAUCCGGAGAUGGGACACGUCACUGAGCUUCUUGACACAUCGCCGUCAGAUUCGACACCCAGCUUGAGACAGGAGCUCGAGACAAACCCGCACGAACGGAUGAUGAAGAUAAUAAACGACCACAAUGCAAGCAAUUCGGCGGGCCUUGAUCUGCCGGAAGCAGCCGAACUUGUCAACAACGCCCCAAACACAUUGAGCAGCGACCAAAGAAGCAAGCUAGUCAAUCUUAUGGCAGCACAGUCAUCGGCUUCCGCGAUGCCAAACAUACCUGCUGUAUCUGAUCCUUUAGCAAAAAUGUCUACACCAGCUACCACAUCAUCUGUUCCGUCUCCAGCACAACAAAGCACUGCUGCAGCACCCUCACUCUCACCGAUCUUGCGGUCACCAACUAUGCCUGUUCCCUCUCUGCAGCAUAUUAGCACGAACCAAAGCGACCUGGAGCAGCUCAAGCGUCUACAGAGCGAACAAGACGCAAAAAUCCACGAACUGAGCGACAUCUUGGGUCCAUUAAGCCCGUCCGGACACAUUCCCGGCCUGGAAGAUGGAACUGAAGCUUACUUUGACCCUCCCAAUGUUGAUCUCGACCAGUUCUUUGAUAGUAACGCUUUCCUGAACGACGCUACUCACUAUGGAGACGGGUCGGAUUUCAACUUUAAUCUCGACGCAGACGGGCUCGGUCAAGGGCUCAACCAUGGGCUCAACCACAAAUUCGACACUCCAAGCCCUACUGGGACCGAAGAGAUUCAACGGGAUGAUUUUGGGCUGAACGAUAGUCCUGAUCGCGAGAACAAGAGACGACGCAUGGGCUGA